UAUUAUAAGUUUUAUUUUAUUUAUAUCAGGUGGGGGAACAGGCUUUGUAGGGAAACGACUGAAUAAGCUUCUUAAGGCAAGCAAUUAUAAUGUUGUGAAUGUAUCUCGAAUGCCAGCUGCCACUAGCAUAUCUUGGACUGCAGUAGAAAGUUCUGGAUUGCCACCGGACACCACUGCUGUUGUGAAUCUUGCUGGACAACACUUUAUGGAUUUUACAAAAUCAUGGACGCCAGGAUUUAAACAGAAUGUGUAUAACUCUCGGAUUUUCACAACGAGAUCAUUAGCCACAGUUAUAAAUAAGAGUCAAAAAAAACCCAAGGUGUUUGUGUUAGUAACUGGUGUUGGGGCUUACGAGCCUUCUGAAACAAACAGAUAUGAUGAGUCAAGCCCUUCAACAGGGCAAGAUUUCUUUUCAAAAUUACUUGUUGACUGGGAAAAAGCUGCUUAUGUUGAUCCACCUGUGAGACCUGUUAUAAUCAGAUCUGGUGUUGUAAUUGGUCGCGAGGGAGGUAUGAUUAAAAACAUGUUCUUGCCAUUUUAUCUGGGACUUGGUGGUAAAAUAUCUACGGGUAAACAGUAUCUUCCAUGGAUACAUAUAGAAGAUUUGACAAGGUUAAUACAGUUUGCUAUAGAAAAUGAAGAAGUCAAGGGUAUAUUGAAUGGUGUUGCACCCCAAGUAAUCACAAAUGCAGAAUUUACAAAGGCUUUCGCUAAAUCGCUGCGGCGACCUGCCAUCUUCCCUGUACCAGAGUUCAUAUUGAAUAUGCUCCUCAAUGAAGAAAGAGCUAUGAUGCUAACGAAGGGUCAACAUGUCACGCCCAAACGGACCAUGGAGUACGGAUUCAAGUAUAAAUACCCCACCAUAGAGGAUGCCUGUGGAGAAUGUGCUCAUCUUAUUCCGAAAAACUAGUCAUCAUCAACCCAUAUUCGGCCCACUGCUGAGCUCGAGUCUCCUCUCAGAAUGAGAGAGGUUAGCCCAAUAGUUAGACUGGCCCAAUGCGGAUUGGUAGACUUCACACAUGCAGAGAUUUAAGAAAAUUCUCUGGUAU